GGGUGGGGAUGGAAGACCAGAGGGAGUCUCCUGGUGCCUGGGGUGCAGGAAUCUCAGGCAUGUGGCCCUGAGCCCAUGUUUCCACACAUUGGCCACCCUCCCCAGGGCUGGGAGGUAGGGAGGCUGGGUGGGUCUAAACGCAGACAUGGGAUCUGAGGUGGCUUGGCCAGCAGUCUAGGGGUCCGGUGGCCUCUCUCUCAGUCCUGGCCUAACCCACACUAGAGCACUGCCCAGAUCCCUCCCUGUGGUGGGCUGGGCUGGGGGGAGGGGUUGGGGUGCAUUCACAUUUUCAGGUCUUUCCAGCCCUUGGGCAGCCUGGCAGCCUGACUAACCAGCUCUCCAGGCCUAAGGUGUUGGGGGAAGGGGUGCUACAGAAGGCAGCCAGACCAGCCUCAAGCUGUGGAUGUUGUAGAAGGCAGUGGACAUGGGGCUCCCCCAGAGGCAGCCUCGCCUGUGCCUGCUAUUCCUCAUGGUGGCGCUGGUCUGGCCCCAGCCCUGCGUGAACUUGGAGCUGAUCCCCUACACGCCGCAGAUAACAGCUGGGGACCUGGAAGGGAAGGUCACGGCCACCACGUUCUCCUUGGAGCAGCCUCGCUGUGUGCUGGACAGGCAUGUCAAUGCUACUGACACCAUCUGGCUGGUGGUGGCCUUCAGCAACGCCUCCAGGGACUUCCAGAACCCACAGACACUGGCUGAGAUCCCAGCCUUCCCACGGCUACUGACUGAUGGCUACUACAUGACGCUGCCCCUGUCCCUGGACCAGCUGCCCUGCGAGGACCUUGUGGGUGGCAGCGGCACCCGUGUGCUGCGGGUGGGCAAUGACCCCAACUGCCUAGCUGACCUCCACCAGCCAUCCUACUGCAAUGCCCCCCUCCCAGGCCUCGGACCUUAUAGGGUGAAGUUCCUCCUGGUGGACGCCAGGGGCUCACCCCGGGCCCAGACCAGGUGGUCUGAACCCAUCACUCUCCACCAAGGGAAGUCCCCAGGCUCCAUCGACACGUGGCCAGGGCGGCGAAGUGGUGACAUGAUCGUCAUAACCUCCAUCCUCUCGUCUCUGGCUGGCCUCCUGCUCUUGGCCUUCCUGGCAGCCUCCACUGUGCGCUUCUCCAGCCUGUGGUGGCCUGAGGAGAUCCCAGAGCAGCUGCGGAUUGGCUCCUUUAUGGGCAAGCGCUACAUGACUCACCACAUCCCACCCAGUGAGGCCGCCACCCUACCCGUGGGCUGUGAGGCUAGCCUGGACCCCCUCCCCAGUUUCAGCCCCUAGCCUGGCCCUUGUGGCUGGGGCUAGGGAAGUGGGGGGGGAAAGGGGGUUUGUGAGGGCAAAAUGCUCCUUCCCAGUCCCUACACCUACAUGCCCCUUCCCCCAUCACACUCCCCGCUCUGCCUGAAAUCCCACCACCAGCAGCCCUGACUGCCUUUCCCAUCUCCUGCUCUCUCCAGACAACUGAAGUGGCAUGCAAGGGAGUUUGGGGGAGGACCGUGGUCAGGCUGGGCAUCCAGUCCCCAUCUCCAUCCCUACCUCUGUCCCACCUGCCCUCCUGCCAGUGGGGCUGGAGGUAAUGGGUGAAGAGCCAACCUGACCAGUUUCCAAGCCCCAGGAGGAGGACCUCAGAGGGCCUUGCUCUGUCCUGUGAAGGGAGCUGAGUUGGGCCCAUCAUGGGGUGUAUGAGACCUGAGCCUCCCUCUGUCUCUCUGUCCCUCUGUCCCACCUGCCAGUGGCUGGGGCUGCAGUGAAGGCUUCAGAGGCACUGGCCUCUCCUGUGGGUGGCUGGAAGGUCAGAUAGAGUGUAGACACAUAUUAUGACCAUCCGGCCCCACUUCUGCCCCCUUGCAUACACAGAAGGCUCAUGCACUUAUCCGCUCACUAGCACUCCACAAACAUUUGUUGAGUAUCUGCUGCCACACACAGUGUUAGACAUGGGGCCUCAGGUAAAUCUUGGGGAGCUCACUGACUGCUCUGGAUCUCAGAUGACCACGUAUCUAGAUAUGACCUGUUACUGUUUGGGGGGCUGUCACACUCUCAGAUUGUCACCUACCCUCAGGCUCACACUCCUUCAGACAAUCACCCCAAUGGACUCUCUGGGGUCCAUGACCACCUAUCACGGGGGAGUACAGGCUUCAUUCCCCCAGUGUCCAUCUGCCCACAAGGGCGGUGGUACCCACUGUAGUCACAUGAGGGCGCCGGUGCACCUCAGCUGUAGCCGCAAGCCCAGCGCAUGCGCAUUCCUAUUCACAGACAAGCAGGGAGCUGUUGGCGGCCCGCGGGCUCCGGCCAGGUGACUUAUUGCAAAGAGCCGCCGCCACUCAGUGGGGUCUCUCGAGGUCAGGGCUCCAUACCCAACCUCGGCCAGGCCAGAGGGAUAACCAAUCACGCUCCCGCUUGAGGACCUACUGUGUGCCUUCCAAUCCGCACAGCAGCCACCGUUUUCUAGAUAAACAGGCUCAAGUGAUUUGCGCUCUGUGCUCUGUCCACUGCCGUCCCCACUCUAUUACCCAUCACUGGCCUGACAACAGCUCCCAGCACGCAGCGCACCCCCCAUCCCACCCCCUCUUUCGAGGUGAAUAAAUGCGGUCUGGCUUUUCCAUCUGAGUGGUGCCGGUGCUGGUUUUCAAAGAGGAGCAUUUACACAUGGGCCCAGCCUGGCCUUGCUCUGUCCAGCUCCAGCCCCAGAGCUGCCCUGAGCCUGUCCCCUUGAUUGCUAGCCCUAAUUGUACUUUGGGGUGCCCCCGUCUCCUGACCAGUCACAGGGAAACCCAUAAUAGUAGGGACAGGAAGCCUGCUACUAAUGCAGCUUAUGUGGGUUUAGUGCUUCCUCCUAGGCAAACAC